UGUAAUUGAUCCACAUGUAAGGCUGAAACCGAAAGUCUGAUUGGAAUUUUCUGAUAAAGUUAUAGCAUGACUAUUAUUUCGAGUGAUCGAGAUUUAAAAUUAAGGAAGAAAAGUAAUGUUUUCCAGUAUAUUGCUGCUGUGACAGCAAAUCUAGGUAUAGUAUGCAGCGAAAUGCACUACGGAUGGACCUCGCCCUCUAUCGAAAUCUUGGAAAAAGGCAACCACACCUUCAAAAUCACUAGUGAAGAAAGUUCUUGGCUCGUGGUAGCUCCUCUGCUAGGAGCCAUCCUAGGAGCCUUCAUUACCGGCAUAAUAGUCGACAUAAUUGGAAGAAAAAAACUGAUAAUAUUCUCUUCAAUUCCUUUCAUAUUCUCUUGGCUAAUGAUCGCUUGGGCACCAUCCAUAACUUUAAUGUUCGUAGCUAGAUUUAUAGCGGGAAUGACUGAUGGUUUGUCUUUUACAGCUGUGCCAAUGUAUUUGGGUGAAAUAGCGGAUCCAAAAGUGAGGGGCUUAGUAGCAUCCGUAUGUCCUGUAUGUAUAAUCUUGGGGAUUUUACUGAUUAAUGUGCUGGGCUCUUAUUUGACUAUCACUACUACAGCUUAUAUAGCAACUAUAGUACCUGUUCUGCUGCUGCUUACUUUCAGCUGGAUGCCUGAAAGUCCUUACUUUUUGCUAAUGAAAGGCAGAUUAGAUGAAGCAAGAAGGUCUUUGGAAAUCUUUAGAGGUACUAAUGAUGUCUCUGUAGAACUAACAAGAAUCUCCAAGGCAAUUAAAGAACAAAAUGAGAACAAGGGUAAAUGCUUGGAGCUGUUGACUGUUAAAAGUAACCGGAGAGCUCUUCUGAUUGCUUUUGGUCUUCGUGGUGUACAACAGCUCACCGGAACUACCGUCAUAAUCUUUUAUUGCAAAAAGAUUUUUGACCAGUCUUCAAGCUUUUUAUCACCAGCAGUGGGAACAAUUAUUUAUUUUACUGUGCAACUCACACUAUCCUUUGUAGCUUCGAUCAUAGUAGACUUUUCUGGACGAAGACCUCUUCUAAUCAUAUCAAUAAUAGGGACUGGCUUGGCAUUGUUUCUUAAUGGAACUUACUUAUAUGCAAAAGAUGGUCUUAAAGUGGAUACCAGUAGUUACAACUUUGUCCCACUGUUAGCUCUAAUCGGAUUCGUAGUGACUUUUAGUAUCGGUUUGCAGACGAUACCGCUUUUGAUGAUGGGUGAAGUGUUUCCCACUAACGUAAAAGCAUUCGCUCUAUGCUCUGCUGAUAUUUAUUAUAGUGUGAUAGUGACGGUUAUAAGUAAAUUUUUUCAUUGGUCAGAGAGGUCUUAUGGAAUGUACGUACCAUUUUUUGUUUUCGGGGGUUGCUGUAUGCUAGGAUUAGUGUUUAUUCUAAUGUUUGUACCUGAAACUAAAGGAAAGACUUUGGAGGAUAUUCAGAAGCAUCUUAAGAGAGAGAAGUUAUAAGAGUUCCUAAAUUACUAUAUGUAUUAAAAAACUGUAUUAUUAUUAAUAAAAUUAUACGUUUCUUAUCAAAA